UUGCACAAGUUAAAAUACACACAAAGCACAAACACAAAGAUCACGUAAAAACUCGAAAAAUACGCACGUACAAAUGUAAGAACGCGAGUAAUUCCGAGUCCCCGAAAAUAAGAUUUUUAUAUCAGAGCAGGUAAAAUAGAAUCCGAUCCCUUCCGAACAUUGCCGAACGCUUUAUUGUUCUCCUAAAACCGGUUUUCCGCUUGUUUAAACACGAUCUAUUGUUUAAAAUGCAUGACUCAUAAUUCGCUAAACCUGUUUUCCGCAUGAAUAGCCACAUUUUUUGUUCUUGUGGUCGUCUUUAUGGCACCACGUCAAUCAUUUUCUUUUGUUCUCGUCAUGACUCAUCGUCACCUGCACAACUAUGACUCAUCUUUUUAAUUUAAUUCGCGAUUAUAGUGACGUAUUAGAUUUACAGUUACGCGGUGUUUAUAAAGCUGGUGAGGGUUGCGCCUCGUUCUCAUUUGUGUUCAGUUCAGUGUUCAACGUGAUAUUGUGUCAGUGUACUAGUUCAAAGUUACAAAUUAUGUUUUCGUACAGCAAACCUUAUUCUCGUCCAUCAACAAACCCCAGAGAUCCUGGUACUGCUGAAAAGUUGUCGACGACACUCAAUUACUACAAGCCUAUUGCAUCAUCGCCAGAAUUCUGCUACACAGAGGAUGAUCACCGAGCAUUCGGCAGGGAAGUUAUGAAGGAAUACAACAUCUCAUCUUACAAUAAUCCAGUGCCCAGACACGAAGAUUUCUGUUUAUCAACACAAGACCGUAAGCGCAUACAUAACAAGUUUAUGGAUAAAGAACGACAGCAAUUACUCAGUGAGUCGACAUUUAAUCUAAAUAAUAGUGGAUCCAAAAUCCUGAAAGUGGGUCUAGACGUAUUUGAAGAUUGCCCCUGUGUCAAGAUACAAGGCAAGGAUCGGAGCAUAUAUUUUUCAAAGAGUGCCUUCGAGAGUUUUUUAAGCGAAUUAGAAGACAUCGUCGGAGCAGUAAAGCGCGAGGAAGAAGAUGAAACUUUCGAUCUAGAAGAUUUUCAUGUACGGUGCUGCAGAAAAUAUAAAGCUUCGCGUAUCAUUUCGAAGAAAGAAAUCCACUGUGAACUGUACUUGGGACUCGUCACCCUGGAAAAAGUGAUCGCUAUGGCAGACUACUUACGUCAGAAGCUUAAUUAUUUGGGUAAUUAUUUGGAAGGUAAUGAUUGUCCUUUCAAAAACUUUGUAGAAAAAGUUGUGGACAUUCUGGAUAGACGUCAGCAAAAAGAUGUGAGUUAUAACGAUUUGCUAACAAAUUUAACUACUGAACCUUUAGUUAUACAUGAGUUAGUCCAUAAGUAUCCGUAUUUUGUGAUUGAUAAGAUAGAGGAUUAUAUGCAAACUUUUGAUGAUAGGUUCUUGUACAAAUAA